AUGUUUCUCAAAGCACCAGAACACGGCGGCUCGUGCACGCCGAGGGUAUCUUCACAUGGCAGCUUGUUCAUAUCCGUAUCAGCUUUCAUGGCUCUAUGUGCCAAGAAAGCCGGUCGAGUCUCACGCAAGCUCAAACCCAAGUCUGGCAGUUUCAACCGGAGAAUCGAGCAGCUGGGGGUGUUGGGAUCGUCGACUCCUUUAGUUUCUCGACCGAAGGAGCUCAUAACUACGCUAAGCAACAAAGCGAUCACGUUUAUGAAUCGGAAAAAGGUCGGAGAAGAAGAGAUGGGUGGUGGUGGUGGUGGUGGGCCUAACAAGGAUAGGCACCGUGAGGUGGAGGAGGACGAUUGGGGUGACGGCGGAGUCUGGCAGCGGUCGAUCUUGAUGGGAGACAAGUGUCAGCCGUUGGAUUUCUCCGGCGUUAUUUAUUACGAUAAUAACGGGAGGCAACUCGACGAAGUUCCUCUCAGGUCCCCACGUGCGAGUCCACUGCCCGGGUAUCUCACUCGGGCUGGAAAAUCCGAGCUUUGA